CCCACAGGUAUUCCCACAGGUAUUCCCACAGGUAUCCUCACAGAUAUGCUCACAGGCAUUCCAACUGAUAUUCCCACAGGUAUUCUCACAGGUCUCCUCACAGGUAUUCCCACAGGUAUUCCCACAGGUCUCCUCACAGGUAUUCCCACAGGUAUCCUCACAGGUCUCCUCACAGGUCCCCUCACAGGUAUUCCCACAGGUAUUCCCACAGGUAUCCUCACAGGUCUCCUCACAGGUCUCCUCACAGGUAUUCCCACAGGUAUUCCCACAGAUAUUCCCACAGGUAUCCUCACAGGUAUCCUCACAGGUAUUCCCACAGGUAUGCUCACAGAUAUUCAAACAGAUAUUCCCACAGGUGUCCCCACAGGUAUUCUUACAGGCGUUCCUGUAGGAUGGGGCCGGGAUGCGAAUGGACACCGCUUUGAGGAGCGGCACAACCUGUGUGUCCCCCUCAAACGACUGAUAAGCAUCGCGAAGGACCGGCGCCUGGUCUCCUGA